AUGGAGGGCGCUGAUUCCUGCACAUUGUCCCCUAUCUGUCCGGGCAAGGUCACCAGCUCCAAUGUUGAGGGUGUCUCUGCUGAUGGCAAGCCUCAGCUUCCGGCGGUCGCUGCAAAGAAUGCGAGGAAUCAGAAUAGCCGCGCUCAGCGCCGUCGAACCGCCACAGACUGUGCUACGCAGGAGGACCAGUGCCACCCCAGGAAGAUCUUCAUCGGUGGUCUCGCGCACAAGACUACGACUCAACACCUUCGGGACUACUUUGUCAAGUAUGGCGGGAUUGUGGAUGCAGUGGUCCUGCGCUGGCCGGAUGGGCGCUCCCGUGGCUUCGGCUACGUCACUUUCUCCGAGGCUCAAGGCGCUCAGGGGGCAUUAAACGACGCGCACCAGAUUGGGGGCCGACAAGUGGACGUGAAGAGGGCUGUGCCUGGCACAAACAAGCUCUUUGUUGGGGGCUUGCCGCAGAACACAGCUGCUGCAGAACUGCGAGAGCACUUCGAGGCCUUCGGAACCGUGUCUGAUGCGGUGGUGAUGAUCGACCCGGCCACCAACCGCUCUCGCGGCUUUGGCUUCGUGUGCUUCCUUCCUGGCCAGGAGGGGGCAGCUUCUGCAGCAUUCGCCCUGGAGCAGUACGAGCACCAUCGGAUUCGCGGCAAGUGGAUUGAGGUGAAGAGCGCAGCGCCUCCGCACAAGCUUGCAAAGGAUGGGGCAGCCUCAUCACCUUCCGCGGCCUCGGAGUCAGGAGGGCCUCAGCUUUGUCUGUCUUCGCCCGCAGCCUCGCCGACUGCCAGCCCGUUGGCGGGAAGUCCACAAUCUGGCACAUCAGCUGCGACGCCGCAGGUGAUGUCACUGGCGCAGGCACUCCGCAUGCCCCUGAAGGGCCAAAGCCCCACCGCUGGCCCACAGACGCAGGAACGACCCGUGGCCUCACCGCAGCACCGCAAUCGUUCCGUGCGCAACGUCGGCCUGCCCUCGAAGUCGCUUGAGCCGCAGAAGGUCAUGCUGCCCGGAGCUGUGGGAAGCCCUCCGGGACUUGGCGCCACGGCUGCCGCAGCGCUGGCCGCGAUGCGUGCCCUUGGCUCGCCCCCGGGCUUGGAGUCCCCAGAGGACGCAAAGGCGGAGCCCGAGGCAUGUCCCUGGAGCCUUUCACCUAAGUGA